AUGCUUCUCAAGGCUGUUGUCGUUCUUGGCUUCCUAUCCCUAUGGCGUUCUGUCGUAUGGGCCUCUCUAGUCCAAGACAAUAGCACAUUCGCUGGACCAAUCCCAAGCAUCCACAACCCUACUAGCGCCAGCACUGGUAGUAUUGAGCCGGUAACAAGCAUAUUUCCCCAUGGCACAAUCUCCACAAUCCGAACACCGGGCAGCAACAUCACCCGUGCAAUCUUCUCCAAUGGUCCUAUCAAUAUUAUGAAUUGGCCAAUGAUCCAGGACUUGCAAAACCUGACUACCUCUCUUUACAACCAAUCUCAUACAAAAGUCGUGAUCUUGGAGAGUGCAAACCCAAGUUUCUUCAUCGCCCAGCUCAGCCUCCUUGAGCACGAUGGCUGGCCUACCCCUACAGAACAAACGAAGACAUUUAUUAACGCCGCCCACGACAUCAGUACACUCCCUGUGAUCUUCAUCGCCAGUAUUGCGGGCCGUGCGCGUGGUGCGGGAAAUGAGCUUAUACUACAAUGUGACGUGCGCUAUGCGGCGAGAGGGCGCACGUUCCUUGGCAACUUCGAAACAGCCAUAGGGCUGGUUCCUGGCGCUGGUGGCAUCGCAUAUCUCGCCUCCUUAGUAGGCCGCGCAAAGGCAUUCGAAUACGUUCUGUCGGGGCGGGACAUUGAUGCCGAUACCGCAGAGCGGAUCGGAUGGGUGAACCACGCUAUUGAUUCUUAUGAUCUGGAUGGGGUCGUGAGGGCAUUUGCGGAGCGAUUGGCACUGUUUCCAGUCCAGGCAUUGGCAACGGCAAAGAAACGAAUCAACGAGAUGACUCUUGUGCCGCCGGAUCAGGUAUGGGCGGAUUAUAAUGCGUGGGUGCCGCUUGUUGGCAAGCCAUUCUCGGCGCCCUUGGCCAGUAGGGAGAUGAUGCUUUCAACGAAUGAGAGCUUUGGAGAGUAUCAGUUGUAUGAGGGAGACGAAGUACUCAGGGUUUACGAAUAA